UUCGGUUUCCUUUCGGCUCGGAGUGGAUCUAUGCUAGUACCUCCGUUGAGCUGUUGCGAUUGCAUAAUCUAGUUGCCUUUUUCCACUUGAACGUUUCCGUGCUUGCGUACGUUAAUUUGGUAAUGCGCUUGUACGUAAUAAUUACUCCUAAGUAAUUUCACUCAUAAUGUAUCCUCGUUAGACGAGCCGCGCUGCGUUAUAACCGCAUUUCGAUCAAGUCAGCCACCGCCAAGUCACCGACAGAAAUUAUGACGACAAGUCGACAACCAAGUUUUUGCUGAUUCCAAACGUGCGCUUGGUUAUUCAAAGUGUCAGUGAGUAGUUACCGGAAACCUUUCUGAAAAACAUUUUAUCUGUCAUAUAUUCGUGAUGUCGUCGUUGGAGAAAAGUGCCUGAAAUUUUCUUCAGCACUUUAGUGUUUCUUUGUAACGGCCUGGGUUUAGAAUAAGAAACUUCAUUUAUACAGGUGGUUUUUGACGUUUUGUUAUUUGACGAGAUAUUUAUUAGCUUCUUCCAGGUGUUUUUCACGGCAAAAAAUGAAAUAAACGCGAAAAGGGCAAAGGUCUUUGUUUAUACUUCAUUUGCACCUUCGAAAACUAGCGAUGAAGACGAUUAACUACAAGUACAAAUGUACAUGCUAACUGAGCAAGUGCGUACAUAUUUGUCCAUGUUUUGAAGUAGCAGUAAAUGUUACGAAAUGCGGCAGCACGUGUGUCUGAAAUCUAUCUCUGAUAAAUUGAACUAGCAUAUCUUCGUAACGAUCAAAACAGUAGCACUGACAUCUGGCAUCAAAAUCUUCGUGCAGCAGCUUUAAAGCAAAAUGCGAAGUACAAAGCAGACUUGUUUAAAACCUUCUUGCUGUUAUGGAACCGUCACGAUUCAUGUGUUUAUGGACUACUGAUGCAAAGAAUUCAGGAUGAACAGCAUCUUCCUUCCUACCUGCAUGUGGUGAAGGUGAAUUAUUAUGUUGAAUUGAAAUCUCCGUACCAGAAGUGGAAAUGUUUGAUCAAAAGUUUGAUUGUUUAUCAAGACCACAAAACGGGAAGCAGUACGACACACCACUGUAACCAACGGGCAAUGAUUCUUUAUUUAUUCAGAAGAUAUGAUCUUUUAUCAAGAAAUUACCACAAGUGUCGUCAUUUCUUGCACAGCUGCUUUAGCGGCAUCUAUAUCUUCGAUCAUUACGAGUUUUUAUACACUAUGUUUUGGAACACGCGCUACUUAAUUCACUUGCUUACGCUCUGCAGUUUAGAUUUGCGGUAACACUACAAAAUCCAUACAAGUUUCUAAUGGUUUGUACUGUGUGUUUUCGUGGAUUUUAUUUAUGGGUUGCCAGUUUCUACGUAAUUAGAAGUGAAAUAAUGUAUCUGUAGUUAUCUUUACUUCCACUGCGAUCAGGAACAGGGUGAGAAGCGGCUUUCGUGUUUUAUAAAGGCCAUAUCCUUAUAAGAAAUCGUAAUACGACGUUCCUGGAGCCAACAUUUCUGUAAAUAUGGUAGAGUAUUGGUCCCUGUUUUAUCUUAUAAUCGCUCCCCUGCUCUUGAACACCGCUAAAGCAGUAUCUGACGAAGAUGGAGAUGUGCUUAUAACAACAGAUAUUUUUCAAACUCCUGGCAACGUUUCUGACGGAAAUGCGAGGGGAGAUACAGGCCCUGCUCUCUGGCCAACUCGCACUGCCAUUCCUUAUAUCAUAAGCCCAUUAUUCAGUUUACCAGAACAACUGACGAUUCUUAAGGCUCUUCGCAUCAUGGAGAGAAAGACAAGGGGAUGUGUAAUGUUCAAGCCUAAAAGCGACGAAAAUGAUUAUAUUUUCUUUUCCGCCAACACCUACGGCAAAUGCGACUCACAAGUUGGCAGAUCCGGCGGCCUGCAGUACAUUCAUCUGGCCCACCCCGGUGACUAUUCUUCAACAUCAUGUAUGGAUACCGGAAGCAUCCAGCAUGAGGUCAUGCACACUUUGGGCUUCCGUCACGAGCAGAAACGUCCGGACCGCGAACAGUAUGUCGAUGUCCGCAGCGACAACAUUGACGACGAAACGGCUGAUAAUGACUUCGCCAUCAGCUCGUUAAUGUUCACGUAUGGAAUAAAAUACGAUUACCAUUCCAUUUUGCAUUACGAAGCCUUUGCUGGCGCCCUAUCCCCUCAAGUUCCCGUGAUUGUACCGAAAAGAGGCCUGAUUGUUCGUAUGGGAUUGGAACUGCAAAUGACCCCGAGCGAUGUCGCUAAAAUAAUCUUGGCCUACCAAUGUCCGUUAGUCAUUUCUCCCGGCAGUACAACCGGCAAAAGCGAGAAUUUCCCAAAUUUCUCCCUCGAUCCAAUGACGGAAGACCAGUGCCAGCAACAGUUUAACAAAUACUGCGGAUCUGACCUAACCAUGUGGAACAAUUGCACGAGGCGAAAGGAUCUUCGUAUUCGUUGCUUAUCGAAUGCACCGUUAUCAGUGCUUGAAAGAAUGGCCGUGAACUUGGCGAAGGAACCGCUGCGAUUAGCAUCUAUGGAAGUGGAAGAACGACUUCUGGCAAUUUACUCCUUCAAGCCGAUUCAAACCCAAGUCCUGAAGCUGCAGCUAUGCAACUGCUUCACAGCCCGCGUGACACGAAGACUGAUCACGCUGAAUUUUGAAAAUUUAAUACAUUUUGAACUUUACCACUGCCACAAUCUGAUUAUCGAAAAGGCGGACUUUACAAUGUAUCAACGGCUGCGGAUAAUCACCUUUUAUAACACCACCGUCAACGCUCUGCAAUCUGGCUCAUUUGCGGAUUUGCCGGAACUUCGGAUCCUUUCAUUGGAAGCACUCUCCAACAGCCAAAAAAAUUACAAUUUUGAACCAACCUUUCGAGAGUAUCUGCAACGUCUGCACUGUAGUUGUGAAUUCGCUUGGUAUCGAUCAUGGUGGCGCAACAGUAAAGCGUUGCGACUCAGAGUUCAAACAGGGGAGCUGUAUUCUUUCGAAGGACCGUCUGAAGGAACAUUCUUUAACAGCGAUCCGUUUAUUAAAGAGGACUUAUAUCAUCCGAUAAAUUGUCAUGCCGAUCCGUUUCCGCUGAGCACAGAGUGGAUCAACUAUUACACGCAAAUUGAGUACUCUGUCAACGAACCACUGUGCAACCAAACAUCUGCUACAUCUUCUGCAGCUAAACUUUCAACCCGGCUGGUAACUCCAGCUACAACUAGCGCACCGUCACCGGCAGCCAACGGGUCUGAACCGACUCAUCUAGCGGUCACGCAAAGUAAAUUAAACCCGGGAUCGGUAACGGGUAUUGUUAUAGGCGUACUUAUGGGCAUGGCUCUUCUAAUCGCCGCUAUUUCCGCAUUUAUUAUGAAAAACCGAUGCAGAGCGUGGCAGGCAACAUUACGAAACGAUGGACUAUCGGGAAGGCUCGUUAGGAAUGGAGGAACCGAUGCCGGCGAAGGAAUCGCAUUUGGUGACGCAACAACACCCUAAAAGAAUGGGCGUGUCAGCCGCGUGUGGGCUUUGCGGAGGCCGUUAGUUGGUAACUGACUUGUUUUAUUUAUUGCUUUUGCUGAUUACCAACAUUAUUGUGAACGUUUUGAAGGCAUUCUUUAUAACUUGGCAAAAAAUUUCCACUGAUUUCCAAGCGCACGAAUAAAUAGGCUAGAAUGUUGGAUAUCUCUAACGACUGUGGGUGUUUUAAUGUUUAGCAAGCAGAAAAUUCAAUAAAACAUUAG